AUGGAGGGCGCGGUGACACCAGACGGUCGGCGCACGCGCGCUGCCCUCGCCGAGAUCCCCGUGCGACUGGAUCGUCUCCGUGUUACUCCGUUGCAGCCCGUCACUAACAUCAGAGAGCGGUCCCCUGCACUGCCUGCUGGGUACCUCAGCCCUGCAGCGUCGCCUGACGAACUGCUUAUUCAGCAGAGAGGCCGCAAACGUCUCCCAGUGACAUGGUCGCCAGACAUCGAUCUGAAGCGUAACUCAUUCCACUCCACCGUACGCACACCACCAAAGGACAACCAUUUAUCUCCUCACAAAUUGGGCGUCACCCUUCGUUCGACACCUCGCAAGCGUCUCCUACUCGACACUGAGCGCAUACCUCUGACUCCCGAAAAAAUUGACUUCAGCGACAUCAGCACCCCCCAAAAAUUUAAAAUUACCAGUCCCAUUAAAAGUACACCGCCCAUUAAGAGAUGUAGGCUCGAUAGAUCAUUGAACACCGAAUACAAAGGCCCCAUCGAUGCCGCCCUCAAAGGUUUGAGUCCCACUCAACUCAUUCACAUGAUCAAGACCAUUACAUACAAGCAUCCGGAAAUUGAACAGGAGAUUAGGAAUGACAUGCCAGUACCUGAUCUGUCACCUCUUGAGGAGCGCCUGAGUUACUUGAAGAGUAACAUCUUCAAAAGUCUGCCUACCUCCCGGCUUACUUCUAAAACUGAUUCCCCCGCGUACUCCAGGGUCGCCACUCAUUUGGCGGCGUUCAAAAAGUGCGUUGUUGAACAGGGUAAGGUCUUGGUCGAGUCUCAGCAUUGGGAGUCAGUGCUACAGUAUGUUUUCUUGGCAUGGAGCUAUGUAAAAGCUACACCUUUAUGGGACAACCAGCCACAUAAUGCUCAAAGAAAACAAUGCUUCAGAGCCCUCACAACUUAUUGCAUGACUGCCCUGAAAAAGGGUAACUUACAAAAAGAUGUGCUGGCUGAUGUUCAAGAUAAGCUCGAAGGAAUGGUGGCGGACAGUGAGGAAAUAGCGUCUUGUUUGAAACAGGUGCAAGGUCAGUUACAAGAAUUUUAG